UACAGCUCCGUGCAGGACAAACAGCCCUAGAGCCAGUUUUCGGAACACCACCACGUGGGGAUCACCAGCAGGUGUAACGUCCUCCGAGUCAGGAGGGGCAGUAUUUCCAAACAGCAUCGUUGAUAUCAACACGUGCAGGAGCGGAGGAGGAAACGGGGGGGAAGACAUGGCUGUCUGCAGCAGGCUGCCCUUGCAGCGGUUUCUCUCGGCGUCGUCUCCGCGCCUGCUCUCCUGCAGGAAUGUCCAGGCGGAGAGCGCCGCUCCGGGGCCGCUGUAUCCGCCGGUCUUACCGUCUCGGAGCGCUAAGAGUAAGUCUGCGAAGAGGCGCGUGCUGCUGGAGUUCUACGAGCAGCUGCGCGGAGCGGAGCCUCGGGAGAAGAUCCGAGGGCUCACCCGCAUCCAGAGGAUGAAGUAUGUCGUUUAUCCGCAGACAUUCGCUCAGGGAGCGGAUCGGUGGUACCAGCAUUUCACCAAAACUGCGUACUUGCCUGGACUUCCCGACAAAUUUACCAGCGAAGCUGAGCCCCAUCAGGAGCAGGAGUUCGAGGACGCUGUGCUCUCUGAGCUGCGCUCACUGGUGUGCAACGCUCUCCUGCAGGAGAACUGGCACAUGAAGAAAGGCAGGACGUUCAUUCACGGAGAGCAGAAGCAAUAUGUUAGGCCAUUUGUGACCAACAUAGUGUCCGGGCUUGUUCAUUCUCUGGCCAGGACAAAUCCUGUGCUCCGUCUGUCAAGCUUAGAUUUUGAUCCUCAGGUCAAUUUCUACUGGGUGCAUGGAGAGAGGACUAUUCCAAGAGGACACAGAAGUGGUAGAGUUGAGCCACAAAGGUUUCAAAUUGAUGACAAACCUCACAGUCAAAUAAGGAUACCACAUCAACUACCUGAGUUUGUGCCACUCAAGGCGGAAAUAUCUGCUGAAGUGCCAGUAAUCCAACUUGAGCCUGACCGCCUCCCCUUGUUUCGAAGACAGUAUGAUAACAACAUCUAUAUAGGUGCUAAACUGGAAGACCCAUGCUGCUACGGUCACACACAGUUCCAUGUGGUCCCUGAUAAGUUCCACAGGAACAAACUGAACAAGAAAAACCUUCCUGGACACAUCGAGGUGUUCUUGAGAGCCAACGCUAUUACAAGCCUAUAUGCAUGGACGGGAGCACAAGCCAUGUAUCAGGGGUUCUGGAGUGAGCAGGACGUGUCUAGGCCAUUUGUGUCCCAGGCCAUCAUCACUGAUGGUCAGUACUUCUCCUUUUUCUGCUAUCAGCUCAACACGCUGGCCCUCAGCUCUUUCUCCACCCCCAACAACCCCCGCAAGAACCUGUGCUGGGGCACAGAGAGCCUGCGCCUCUACGAGAGGAUCACAGAUGGAGAUGUGAUUGGCUGGGAUGACAAUGUGCUCAAGCUGCUUGUACAGUUUCUGCUUAACAAGCCACAAAAUUAAACCAAGGGACACUCAUGUGGAAAGGUGGUGAGAUGCUUUCUGUUAAGGAUAAAUAAAUGUAUUACAUGCCA